AUGGCAAAAGAUUUAUCAACAAUUCCAUGGGUGAAUACGCUUCGUGAUAGUAACGAUAUUCUACCAACAACAUCCACGUUCAGUUUGCCUUCAACAUUAGACAGUGAACCGAUGGAUAUUGAUGUUGAACAUCGUCAAUCAAUUAUCCGAUCAACUGAAGCUGAUCAUUUACAAGCACGAUUUAAUAAUUCUUCAAAUCACAAUCGUGCUAUUUAUAAACCAUUGAUGAAAUCAAUAAUUCGACCGGCUGAAAAUGAUGAUGAAAAUCCUUCAUUAGAGCAAAAGGAACAAAUUUCUAAUGGAAGUUUAAUAAAUGAUAAUAAUUUAAUAUUAGAAGCAUCUGGUUAUGAUCCAGCUCGAUUAGCAGAAGUUGAUUCUGAUGCAGAAUUUGCUCUUCGGCUUCAACAAGAAGAAUAUGAAAGAGAUAGUUUCAUGCCAAAUCGAAAUCCACUUUUUCCAUUUCAAGUACAAGAAGAUGAUGAAUCACCUAUUGAAAAUCCACAUCCACUGUUAGAUACUAGUGAGCGACAUUUCGAAAGCGAUGAACAAUAUGCAGCAUAUUUACAAGAACAAGAAAGACAAUCUAGUCAACGAUAUCAUAGGCAGGCACCACCAUAUAUUCAAUUUCGAUCACAAUCAAAUCCUGAAUCAUCUGAAACUCCGGAAACUAAUGAAUCUAACGCUGAACCAAUUCGACCAUUUUUCAGAAUUCCUCAACGACCAUCUUCAAAUGCUGAUGAUGAUAGUGAUGAAGAUAGUCCCUAUGGAGCAAUGACUAAUCCAUUUUUACAAUUUCUUGCUACUCAAGGUCGACCUUUACCACAAGAGUUUGCUUCAAUUUUUCCUGGUUUUCGACCACGUGGCUAUCGUCGUACAAGAAAUCUUCAAGAAACUGAAGAAGAUUUUGGUCCAGAAGAUUAUGAACGAUUACUUCAACUUGAUGAUACAAUACAUAAGAAAAAAUUAACUGAACAUCAAAUUAAUAGUAUUCCACAAGAAAAAUUUAUUCCUAACUCACAUAAUACUGAUGAAGAAAAUAAAUGUAGUGUAUGUCUUGAACUUUUUGAAAAUAGGCAAACAGUACGUCGGUUUCCAUGUAAUCAUUUAUAUCAUAAAGAGUGUGCUGAUCGUUGGUUACAAGAAAAUAAUGUUUGCCCCAUCUGCCGAGAACCACCAAUUAGGUCAUCAUCAACAAAUCAGCGUCAUCCUAGAAGCUUCAAUAAUACUAGACGACCAACAUACAAUAGUCGACCAUUUGGCAAUCGAAAUCACAAUAACAAUAAUAAUAAUAAUAAUAAUAAUAAUAGCACUGCUCAUAAUAAUAAUAAUCAUCGAAGAGGACAAGCACCUCAACGUCAAUCGUGA